AUGAUCACUUGUGGGGAUCAUGUCGCACUGGUAAUAUUGAAAUGCAUCGCUAUCGAGGAGAAGAGCAUGCGCACCACUAGUGUGGACGAUCAAAGUCUAUCGUUCCCUGCAUCUGGCAUCAAACUCAUCGGACAGGUACUUGAGAUGGUUGAAGUGGGUUUGUGUCUGCCUGCCAGUGAGAAGAUGGGUCCUGCGUCAAACGAGGAUCCCAAUUUCUCACAGACAUCGACACUAACAGAUACUCCUGCCCCUGACAAUUCGUCUUUGGCGGGUCCCGAUUGGCUGUGGAAUGGGAAUUUUGUCAAGCUCGAUCUUGUCAUGGCAAAGACUGCACCAACGGGGAAAUUUGCAUGUAAGAUGAUAGUAAUAAAAGUAUGCAGCUACCUCUGUGAGCCCAUCAGUCCACACAUUUUCACGGCAGUCCACCGCCUUCCUUCCACUGAGCUUGUCAAGCUGAACGGUCUUUCUCUCACUUGGGAGCUUUCCAAUGAAGAACUCUACACCAUUAUUACAGCACUGUGGGGCACCAUUCAGUCACACCAGGCACUGGCAUUGCUCCCGAAGUUCAAAAGCAGCAACUCAUUUCCAUAUCGGAAUGCCCAAGGUGAAGCCACAUUGAUAUCAGACCAGGCAUCAGCGGAGGUCGAAGCUACAUGCAUGCACAAGAAUCAAAAGUUCAGGUGCUACCAGUGCUUGAGCAUUGUCGAGCAGAGGAAGAUCUGUUCACACAUCGGGAAGCACAUUCUCAAGAUGCUACGUGGUAUUCCCGAAGUCCUCCAAGGAUCGCCAGUGAGUUUGCGCACGUUCUGUGGCUGCCUGCACUACAAUCUCAUGUUCAUGUAG